CUCUUCUCUAUUCUUCCUUUCUACUACUUUCACAAAUUUCUUCCUUCUUUCCUUCGUUCCUCCCUUUGUCUAGUAUUUCUUUUAUUUGUUUCUUUCCUUUCAUGAUACACUUCAAUUCUUUCUCGCUAUCUAACUUUCUCGCUCUUCAUUUCUCUCUUUUUCCUCCCUGUAUUCUCUCUACCCUACAUUUGUUUCUUCUCUUCCUUGUUCUUUCUUACUCUUUUCCAUUCUUAACAUAGGUUCAUUCCGCUGUGCUUCUUCUUUCCAUCUCCUAAUACCUUCGCUCUUUUCCUCCCCUACUCAGCGAUGCCCUAUACACGAGGUUGACCCUACAGCUUUCCACAAAUCAGUAGUACACGCAUUGAAAAGCGGGUGCCAGUCGGGGGUUGUGUCCCGCUAGCUCUAGACUCGGGGGGGUGCAAUGUCAACUCCAAGCUGCGACAACCAACGCAAGCUCAUGGCGCACAAACCGAGGUCUAGUGCCUCAUCGCGCCCCUAUAACAGGUAUGUUCUGGACAGUCACGUUCAGAAGGACUUGUGUCAUUCCGCAUGGCCACCAAGACGACCAUCGCGUGCUGCGUGCGAGUCCCCGCCUCCAAGCAGGUGACGGCCCUGCACCUGGUGGCCGAGAUGGCCACCCGCUGCUGCUGCUACAGGCGGCGAUCCUCGGCCACCUUCAUGACCGUGGAGCUGCUCCCGGAGCGUUGCGUCGCCGUGGACGCCUUGACCAAAGAGUUCGGCGAGUGCCUCGUCGCCGUGAACUGGACGAUCGUGGCGGAGCUGGAGACGGAGUGCUUCGUGAGGAUCAAGGUGAAGAGGGGACGCAGGACCCUCCGGAAGAAGGCUUUGGAUGCAAGAUUUCUCAUCAAGUGCUUGCAGGAAGGACGGCUUGUGUGCGGUGAAGCCAGACUUGUGUUUGACAUCGCGUCAUAUUCCCCGCUAAGGUUUUGUUUUCACGUGAAAACCACCGCCAGCGAGUGUCCCGCAGCGGGGCGUCGGCCCGCUACUGCCGCGCGAGCAAGUGUCUGUACACAGCAGCCAUCGGCGGGGGAGGAAGAGUUCCACGACGCGCAGGAACCCGCCGAGGAGGAACAGACGUGCGCCACAACACCCCCGAAGACCGUGGUCACGCAAACGUCGAUCAACAAGAUGCCGCGAAGGUACCGGCGCAGGAUCAUGGAGGGCGGAGGAGGCAUCCUGCAGCGCCUCAGCGACAAGUAUCUCGUCACCGUAGAAUACAACGAACGCUCCGGCAGACUGAAGCUUGAGGGCCGCCCCGACGACAUCUGCGGGUGCCAAGACGACAUAGACGCCCUGAUACAGGCGUGGCAGCAGGAGCAAGACCAGGAACACACGAAGAGGAGGGCGGCAAAGACCGGCGCCGAGGGUGACGUGACGGAGCCCCGGCAGGAGCCCGGAUGUCGGUCUUUCUGUUCGUGCCGGAUGUGCAUGUGUGUGUACGUGUGCGUGUUUCUUUGCGUGUGUGGCUGCGUAAUUGUGAGCGUGUGUCUGUACGUGUACGACCGCGUCGUGGCUCUGACGAAAGCCCUCACACGUAAAGGCGCGCCCAAGGAAGAUCUUGCGCCACCACCACCACCAUCACCUCCGCCGCCUCCUUCGCUGCUUCCCCUGAGACGCCUGAGCAGCGCCGACCGGCGGGACAUCUUGGGUCAGCGCUGGCUGUCUGAUGAUGUCAUGGACCUGGCCCAGGAGCUGCUGCAGCGACAGUUCCCGAACACUCGCGGCCUGUACGCCAGCGGCGCCGCCUUCACCCUGCCGCCCCUACAGCCCGGCAGCGGGGCGCUCUUCCUGCAGGUGGUGAACAGGUCUACGCCGCAGCGCCUCGCCUCCAUGGCGGAAUACGGCCGCACAGGGGGCAGCCACUGGCUGCUGCUGUCCUCGUACGGCGCGGCGCGUGGCGGCCAGCUGGCGAUCUACGACUCGCUGUACGACACACUCUCGCCCUCCACGUCCGCGCUGGUGCGGCAGCUGCAGGCGCUGCACACCCCGCAGCCGGGCGCCGUGCUGAGGCCCGUCCAACGACAGCGGGACGGCCACAGCUGCGGCCUCUUCGCCCUCGCCUUCGCCUUCAGCAUCGCUCACGGCCAGGACCCCUGCCGUGUGCGCUACGUGCGUGCGCGCAUGGAGCGCCAUCUGCUGUCCUGCCUCGACCGCGGCGUGGCGACGCCCUUCCCCAGCGUGCCCGAGGGGACAUUCGGCUAAGGUGGUUUCACUUAAGAAUACGGACAGGAAGACGUUAACAGGAUAUAAAGGAUCAAAAAUGGCUGAAUUACAGCCAGUUGAGGCAAAAGGAGAGGGGAAAAAACUAUUA